AAGUGUAUUUGUGUGUGUGUAAGUGUAUUUGUGUGCGUGUUAGUGUAUUUGUGUGUGUGUGUGUGUUAGUGUAUUUGUGUGUGUGUAUGAGUUUGGGGGAUUGUGCAGUGAGUAGAUUAGUGAAUGUGUUUGUGUAUGUAACUUUGUGUGUGUGUGUGUGUGUGUGUGUGUGUGUGUUUAUGAAGAUGGGCUGUCCAAGUGCAGGGGUUAUAAUUAGGAACAGGCCGAGCGGUUACUGCUGACAAGGCUGGCGAGGCCAAAAAAAGCCUUUAAGGUUGGAAGAAGCGCCGGCGGUGAGGGGCUUGGCGAGGAAGCAGCUGCAAUGGCCAGCAAAGUGAUAGACCUGAUAUACUGGCGGAAUGUGGGGAGGACCGGCGUGGUGUUCACAGGUCUGGUGGUCGGCCUGGCCUGCCUGUUCCAGCUCAGCCUCAUCACCGUGGUGUCCAACUCCUUCCUGACCGUCAUGGCCGUUACCUUCCCCACAUAUCUGCUUUGCAAGGGCCUCCACGUCGUGCGACUCCUGGACGGAUCCCACCCUUUCCGGUUUUUCCUGGAUGAGGAUCCCACCCUGACAGAUGACACCACCAUCCGUGUGGUGGAACACAUCGUUCUCCUAAUUGCCACGUUCGUCACGGAAAUAAAGAGACUCGUCUUCAUUGAGAACAUGUUUGACUCAUUUAAGUUUCUUCUGCUGCUGUACCUGCUGACAUACGUAGGCAUCCAGACCAAUGGCCUAACUCUGGUGAUGACCGUGGUGAUCUGUGCAUUCUCUCUACCUCUAUUCUACAGGUUGAAUCAGGCACGGAUUGAAAGGAUUGUGAAAGCAGUGAACGCUUCUUUAGACAGAGGUAAACAAAUCCUUGACAGCAUCCAUGAGCUCAUCUUCCCUCCACCUCCACCUGCUUCCAGUCCAACCCCACCGGCACUAAAACCAAAGCUGAAGACAAAGUGAUGAGGGGGGGCACAGACAAAUGGAGGCGCGGGGGGGCGGGGAGGGGCAGAUUCAUGGGGUGGGGGGGGGUGGACAGAGACUGAUAAUCUGUGAAAAGCAAAGAAAAAAAAAGGGAAAAUGUCUUAAUGCUCAACCUAAUUAAAUAUACACAUACGGUGUGUACAGGUCAUCGAACAGGAGCAAGAUUUUAAGGUCCUUAACUUAAGUGCGCAAAUUGAUCACUGAUCAGAAUGGUCAGGAAAAAUUCACAUUCAUAAAAACUUUGUCUUAAAAACAUCUUCAAACGUCUUAAAGGUAAACCCUCUCAGCCUUACAGCAAUAGUCUUCCAGAUGGCAGCCAAGUCCCUGAUACGGAGCUGAGCCUUAUCUGAGCCAGAUCUACCUGUCUUUUUUAAUUUCCUUGAUUAUUUUUGCACAACAGUUAAUGACUUCCCAUCAUGCACUACUAAGUACAGCUCACCCCUCCGUGAAGGUGACUUCCCAUGUUCAUAUGCAGAAUUAAUUCAGUUUAUUUUAGCCGCCCUUUAAAGCCAAGGGCAGAUGAGGUAAGAGAGCACGUUAUGUUUACAGAGAUGUUCUUUGACACGUAUCACUUCUGUUUGUAUUUCGACAAAGCCCCACAUUUUUACAUUCUUCCCUCAGGUUUAUGACUACUUGACCAUUUGAAACAUUUACAUGACCGAAAUCUUUCAGGUCGGUUGUAUAAGAGGUAUGCUGUCUAAGAAGU